GACCACUGUUGCCAAUCCAGCAACUGAGAACCGUUGGUGAGUGCUUCGCAAAGUCUCAACCUUCUUGCAUCCACGCCGGUCGGCGGCGGCGUUUCAGUCUGUUUUCUGGUUGGGUUCCGGAUUUGAUGUCAAGCUCGCAUCUUUCAUUCUGGGUUCGCAGUGGAAAUUGAUUUUGGCAGUAUCGAUCUAUUGAUGGCUGUCAGGGUCUCUCAUUGUGAAUGCUUUCAAUUCAAAGCAGUUCAACAUCUCGGCAUGGCUAGGAUCAUCCAUGGAAACUGCUCUCUAUUUCAUUGGCGAAGAAAAGCCGGUAUGAAUCAAUUCCCUUAUUCUUCUGCUGCUAUGACCUGCAACUCAACUACUCAUAUUACCUCCAAUUCUGUAACUUUCGCAAGCGUAGAUGAUGCCCUGGAAUCAUUUAAUAGGAUGCUCCACAUGAACCCAAGACCUUCGAUUGUGAAAUUUAGUCAGUUUGUAAAUUAUCUUAUGGGAAUGAGCGCCUUCCAGGCUGCCUUCUAUGCUUCUAAACGAAUGGAAUUAGCUGGAGUCCCACACGAUUCUUACACACUUAACAUGUUGCUUCGUUGCUUCUGUAAAUUGGGUCGAGUGGAUUUUGGCUAUUCAGUUCUGAGCAAAGCUCUGAAACUCGGUAUUCAAUUCAAUGAUGUGAUGCUCAAUACAUUGAUUGACGGGCUCUGUAAAGUUGGGAAAGUAAUCGAGGCUGCAAGGUUGGUUCAUAAAAUUAGGAUUUUGGGUUAUCAACCGGAUGUUUUCACUUUUAACAUUAUUAUAGAUGGGCUUUGUAAGAUAGGGCAAACGAGUGCUGGACUUGAAUUGCUUGAAAACAUGAAGGAGUUCGGUUGUCAACCUGAUGUCGUUAGUUAUAGCACGGUCAUUAGAAGCCUAUGCAAUGAUGGAAUGGUAUCUAGAGCUUUAGAUGUGUUUUCAGAGAUGGAGGAGAAAAAGAUUCAACCAAAUGUGUUUGCUUACAAUAGCUUGAUUUAUGGUUUGUGCAUUUCAAGCAGAAUCAAUGAAGCUAUGGAGUUGUUCAAUAAAAUGGUAGACAAGAAGAUCAUGCCUGAUACAUUCACCUAUAACAUAUUGGUUGAUGCUUUCUGUAAGGAAGGAAAUGUUUUGGGAGCUAAAGUUAUACUCAAAAUGAUGAUUCAAAGAGGACUGCUUCCAGAUAACGUCACUUACAAUUCAUUGAUGAAUGGGUAUUGUUUGCGCAAUGAAUUAGACAAAGCCAGAAAGCUAUUUGAUUUCAUUGACAAUAGGGGGUGCAAACCUGAUGUUGCGGGGUACACUAUCAUGAUUCAUGGAUAUUGUAAAAAUGAAAUGAUGGGUGAAGCAGAACAGUUAUUGAAUAGUAUGCUUGAGAAGGAUUUGGUUCCGGAUACGGUCACGUAUAAUACUAUGAUAAAUGGAUUUUGUCAAGUUGGGAGGCUUAAAGAUGCACUACAAAUUCUCAAGAAAAUGAGUGGUGAGGGUUGUUCCCCUGAUAUCAUGACAUACAAUAGUUUGCUUGAUUACUUGUGUCGACGAGGUAAAAUUGACGACGCAUUAGCUUUGUUUCAAGUAAUAGAAAGUAGGUUGAAGUCUGAUGUUGUGGGAUACAAUAUACUUUUGGAUGGACUGUGGAAAGCAGGGAGGGGAGAGGAGGCAAGGGAAUUGUUUUCUAGGCUCUCUAGAGACAAUUGUUUGCAACCUGAUACCCGCACAUAUAAUAUAGCAAUUAAUGGACUUUGCAGACAAGGUUUUGUGGAUGAAGCAUAUGAUUUGUUUAGGAAAAUGGAGGGGGAUAGAUGUCUACCUGACAAUUGCUCUUAUAAUGUGAUUAUUCAUGGAUUUCUUCACCAUAAGGAUCCGCUUGAAGCAAUGGACCUCAUUCACGAGAUGGUUUCGAAAGGCUUCUCAGCCGAUGCAACCACUAUGUCUUUGCUAAUAGAAUUGAUGCCCAAGAAUCAGUUGGAUCAUCCAAUUUUCCAGAAGCUGAUGAGUGGUCCUGAUAUCAAGAGUCAUAGAAUUGGGUCCGGCGGUCUAUCAGCUGCUGCAACUCAAGGAACUUGCUGAAAUUCUCAUCCAAACACCAGUUGGAUGGUCCAGUAGUUGAUCAAAAGCUCCAGGUGUCAAGAACAUUCUGAUGGUAGAAGGUUAAAUGAACUAAAGGUCCGAGUCAUGAUCCUUGCCGUCCCACUUACAUAUGUGAUUCCAUACUUGCUUAUAUUAUCAGAAAGAACCAAUCAAUGCUAGCAUGGGAAUAGAUGAUGAUCCAUGUCUGAUGCAUUAGUGUGUUUUCAAGCUAGUUGUGAUUAUUGUUUAGAGAUAUGAAUGAACGUAGCUCGCUUGUUUAGUAGCAUAACUACAUAUUUGCCCCAAAAUCUCUUGAAUGGAACUCUUGGGUUUUGCUGUUGUCAAGAAGAAUCAAUUGAUUAGUAGCAUAACUACAUAUUUGCCCCAAAAUCUCUUAAAAGUGACUUUAUUUUCCAUCACUGAUUAAAUCUCACUUAUUUUUUAGUUGUUAGUCUAAUUAUGAAUUAAGCAUGUGUAGGGCCUGGGAGUAGGAAUGGCAUUGGACAGGUCGAGCGGGCAUCACGAUACUCAUAUAUGUAUUGUUGCAGGUUGAGUCCAGAUCGAAUAUUUUAUUUUGGAGCGCGGAUUGGGGAAGGUCAACCCAUAUGUGUACGCGUAUUAAAAGAAAACACUUGAAACACAUGACCAUUUAUUUUGUUCUUUCCCUUUUGCUUUGGAAAUUGUAUCUGCAAUUUGCCCAUUGAUUAGCUGGCCAGGAGAGUGGGAAGAUAUGGUUGCAGAGUUAUGUAGGAGGAUCAGGCAAGGGGAUCAACUCAUUGGAGGACUGUGGUGCUCGUAUAUCUCAUUGUUGUGGAGAGAAAGGUGCUGCAGGAGCUAUACAGGGAUCAGCAGAAGUUGGGUGGAAAUUUUGAAUCAACUGAAACUGGAAAUUCAUUGUUAUAGCAUAGGUAACAUAGAAUUUGCAGCAGUCUUAGCAGGAUUUGUAUAUUUUCAACAAUUAUGCGAUAGGUAGCAUUGUAAGGAAUUACAGUAGUAGCUAGUUAGGAUAGUAGAUACUACAGCCUAUAUCUGUACAAUUGCAGCCUAUAUCUGUACAAUUGCUGCUGCUGCAGUGUGGUUUCCACAAGUUUGGCAAAUUGCCAAGCAAGAGCUAUAAAACGAGGGGGAAAACACUUGAAACAUUAAUUUUUCAUGAAAAUUUGAGAAACAAACUAUGCCUUGGAAAAUGAAAUGGAAUGGGCACG